AUGGGUAAUUGUGAGACUUCCAACACAGUUAUAGGUGAUCCAUAAUUUUAAUAAAUUGGAAGUUAAGCACAAGCAAGAAACUUUAGCUCUACUUACAAAAGUGAAUACAUUGAAGUACAUGGCAAUCUAGCUGUUGUAGAAGAACAAGAAGAAGGAGGCUUAGUUCUUUUGGAUGAAUAAGCAAAGGAAUAAGACUUAUUAAAAGUGAAGAUAUGUUGUGACACAUUAUAAACAGUAAAAAUUUAUUAGAUAUUCUAGAGUAUAGGAAUUGGUAUAGUUGAUUUCGAUAUUAUAAAAGAAACAGAUUUUUCUGGAAAUUGUAAUUAUGGAUUAGAUCAUGGAAUGUGGAUUGUUUAUUCUGAUAAAUGUAAAUUACUUAUUUAAUAAUUUAGUGGUUGCUGCCUCUAAUGAUGAAGAUCUUGAUAAGAAAUCUUUAGGUAUUGAAGUAUAAAAGGGGGAAAUUAUUGAAUGUCUUAGAAAUGGAAAUGUAUUCUCAAUUAGAAAAGCUGGAGAGAAUAAUAAAGCAAUAACCUUCAAAUUACCUCCUAAUAGAAAUUAUAGAUUUGCUGCAUAUUUAUUCAGUGGUUGGGAUAGUAAAGAAGCAAAAGUAUCAGAAGCUAGAAUUGAAACAUUAUGA